UCCAAUGAGGGCGGAGGAUGGAGGCAGGUGCGGGCCGCGGCGGGGACGGAGCCGGCGGAAGGGGCGAGGAGCUUCCCGAAGAGGCCCGGGCCAAUCGCCACGCUAAAAUGGACCGGAUCUGACACUCCCCAGCCCGGGCCGUGUUGGAAAGCCGAGCCACUCGGUCUGGAUGCAAGAGAAGUGUGUCUAGACUACCUACCAACUUGAAUCUUGGGCCUUGGGGGGGUCUCCCCCGCUCCCAAGGGAAAGUGGGAAGCCUCUUCUGCGCUGCCAAUCCCGUUUCAUUUUGCAGAGCUCUGCCUUUGGAAAUGGCAGCCCCCGUCAUCACUAAGACAGCUUGGAAACUACAGGAGAUCGUGGCCCACGCCAGCAACGUGUCCUCGUUGGUGCUGGGCAAGGCCUCGGGGCGGCUGCUGGCAACCGGAGGAGAUGACUGUCGGGUCAAUCUGUGGUCCAUUAAUAAGCCCAACUGUAUCAUGAGUUUGACAGGCCACACCUCGCCAGUGGAGAGCGUUCGCCUCAACACCCCCGAGGAGCUCAUCGUGGCCGGAUCUCAGUCGGGCUCGAUUCGGGUGUGGGAUCUGGAAGCUGCCAAAAUUCUUCGUACGUUAAUGGGACACAAAGCCAACAUCUGCAGCCUGGACUUCCAUCCCUAUGGGGAGUUUGUAGCCUCUGGCUCCCAGGAUACAAACAUCAAGCUCUGGGACAUCCGGAGGAAAGGCUGCGUCUUCCGGUACCGGGGUCACACCCAGGCGGUGAGGUGCCUCCGAUUCAGCCCCGAUGGGAAGUGGCUGGCCUCCGCUGCAGAUGACCACACUGUCAAGCUGUGGGACCUGACCGCUGGAAAGAUGAUGUCUGAGUUCCCGGGCCACACGGGGCCGGUCAGCGUCGUGGAGUUUCACCCCAACGAGUACCUCCUAGCAUCUGGCAGUUCCGAUAGGACCAUCCGCUUCUGGGAUUUGGAGAAGUUCCAAGUGGUGAGCUGCAUCGAAGGGGAGCCCGGCCCCGUCAGGAGCAUCCUGUUCAACCCAGACGGCUGCUGCCUCUACAGCGGUUCCCAGGACUCCCUGCGGGUCUACGGCUGGGAGCCCGAGCGCUGCUUCGACAUGGUCCAGGUCAACUGGGGCAAGGUGGCCGACCUGGCCAUUUGCAACAACCAGUUGAUCGGCGUGUCCUUCUCCCAGAGUAACGUCUCUUCUUUCGUGGUGGACCUGAACCGGGUCACCAGAUCCGGAACAGUCGUCCAGGGGCCGGUGCAGGAGAGCAAGCCCGCGGCUCAACCCCCGCCCGUCGGCUCCACCAUCCGGCGCAACUACGAGCGGCCCGGCACCACCUGUAACAAGCCCCAGAGGGUGAAGCAGAACUCGGAGAGCGAAAGGCGCAGUCCCAGCAGCGAGGAUGACCGCGAUGAGAGGGAGUCCAAGGCGGAGAUCCAGAACGCCGAGGACUACAAGGAGAUCUUCCAGCCCAAGAACAGCAUCAGCCGGACGCCUCCUCGGAGAAGCGAGCCCUUCCCCGCCCCGCCCGAAGACGAGACGAUCACUGUAAAGGAAGCGGCGAAGCCUAGCUCAGCCAUGGACGUCCAACUUCAAAUGCCAAACAGAGGAAACCCGGACAUGGUGCCGAGGCUCCCCGUAGCUACCUCCACCCCGCUGCCUAGAGUAGAGCCCUCUGUCAUCCCUGCAACGAGGAAUGAGCCCAUCGGACUGAAGGCCUCCGACUUCCUGCCUGCUGUGAAGAUCCCCAACCAGUCAGAGGUCGUGGACGAGGAUGCCAUGUCCCAGAUCCGCAAGGGCCACGACACCAUGUGCGUGGUGCUGACCAGCCGCCACAAGAACCUGGACACGGUGCGGGCCGCCUGGACCGCGGGAGACAUCAAGGCGUCCGUGGACUCCGCCGUGGCCAUCAAUGACCUGUCGGUGGUGGUGGACCUUCUCAACAUCAUUAAUCAGAAAGCGUCUCUCUGGAAACUGGACCUCUGCACUACAGUCUUGCCUCAAAUUGAGAAGCUCCUGCAGAGCAAAUAUGAAAGCUACGUCCAGACGGGCUGCACCUCUCUGAAGCUGAUCCUGCAGCGGUUCCUGCCGCUGAUCACAGACAUCCUCGCUGCCCCACCCUCUGUGGGGGUGGACAUCUCCCGGGAGGAGAGGCUCCUCAAGUGCAGGCUGUGCCAUAAGCAGCUGAAGAACAUCAGCGGCCUCAUCAAGAGCAAGUCGGGCCUGAGCGGUCGCCACGGCAGUGCCUUCCGCGAGUUGCACCUCCUCAUGGCCAACUUGGACUGACUGGCUCCCCCCCGCACGCGUCCGGCCAGGCUCCCUCCUCUUCGCUCCCCCGGAGUCUCCUCUGCCCCGCUGUCCCCCCCCCAAGCCUGGCUGCCGGGGGGCCCCCGGGCAGCGGGCCCCGCCUCCCGCGGGUGCCGUCUCACCACCUGUCCCUCGCCCUCCGGACCGCGGGCCGCCCCCCGCCACCCAGAGAGAACCCGGGGGGUGCCACGGCCGAGGGGGAGGCGGCGCCGAGCUGGGACUCCGAGCCGAAGACCCUCCCCUUCUCCCCCCCUCCCCCCCCGGCCUCGCGGCGUCCGACGCUAGCCUCGGGUCUGCGGCCCGGAGCCUGCGUCGGGACUCCCGUUCAAGCUGCUCCCGUUUGGGUCCAGCUCUUCGGUUGGGGGCGGAUGGCCCCGGGCUUUCUCCCCCAGGGGCCGGAGCAGCUUCCCCUCCACCUCCGCAGCUCCACAAUGCUCCUGGCCAAUGGCGGCGGGCCCGUGGCAUUGCCGUCGUCUUGAAGAUUUGCACUGUAAGAGAGAUGGGAGGCGGGCCGGGCCCGCGCCGCCCGGUCGGGCGGGAGCCUCCUCCGCGGGCACCGGACUUUCAGACUCCUCCUCUCCUGUCUCCAAUAAAUGGCUGUCAGACUCGG